AUUAAGGCAAAUUUUGGUUUAUUUUUGCGCACGCGUUCCUAUUAUACCAUUUAUAUUUACGUAAAUAUGCAUAAGCCAUUAAAUACGUAAGUACAUCAUGUAUGUCACACCAGACCUUGCUGCAUUAAAAUUUGAGCUUUGCUACAAGCAAGUAGGUACGCUUGUUUAUGUUCCAAAUAUUUACAAAUCCAAGAAUUUCCUGCAGCAAAUACCCAUUAAAAAUUGAAAUAGAGUAAACAUACAAAAAUUCCGCACCAUAAAAUCAGUAGAAAUCGACACCGUUUAUCCAUGAGUUUAUAUUUGCAGGAGUUUUAAGUACACGCGCAGAUAAGAUAUUGGAAAAGGUUUUUAUUAAGUGAAAUGUGUGCAUCAAUUGAACGUUUUUAAUUAUCGUUUCAUAAACGUGUAAACUAGUAAGCGGACAAUACUGGCCUUUUUAAUUCACUCUAAUUCGGUUAAAUUAUACAUGAUUGUUCACUUGUUCAGUCCGUAUCAUGUGCUAGAUUGCGCCGUUGUGUUUUUGUUGACGAUAUGGAGAAGCAACUUCACAAGUUCUUCAACACUCUGAAGCCUAAUGGGGCAGGAGCGAAUUCGGGUCAACCGCAGAUUGGCUUCAAAUUGACUUAUUGUGAGAGUGAAAAAUUUUUGAAAGUUAAGGUGAUCGGUGCGAGACAACUGCCUAACACCUACGGUAGUGUUAAGCCCAAAGGAUAUUCUGUUAAGGUGACUUUAUUUCCUGAAAAGGAAAAAUUCGAUUCCAAAACAGUCACAGACUCGACGCCGAUUUUCAAUGAGGAAUUCACAUUCCGCCUCCAAUCCUCGAGAAUCAAAGAUGACCCACUUAAAGACAAAUUCAUCUCGUUCACCAUUUAUGCGAACUUGGAAGACGUCAACGAAACGGAAAACAAAAAGCCGACGAAUAUGCUCAAAAGAUUCCUGUCGUUCAACGAUCGGGACGUGGGUAUGGUGGAGCUGAGAAAGAAGUCGUCCAGAUCGGUGCGAAGUAGUUACAGAAACUCGUUGAGCAAUAGAAGGACCAUCGGGGCUGUGACGUACAAGUUGGAGAUCAAGAGUUUUAACCAGGUGAUUUCCGGUCAAGAGAAAAGCACUCCUGAUGUCUGGAGGCCCAUUAAAGAGAUUUCCAGUGGGAUGAUAACGCAAUCCCGUGACGGAACUAAAGGAAGUGUAGAAGUGACUUUCUCGUACGCUUUGAGUGAGGAUAGAAACAAUGAUGUGGUGGAAAUAAGCGUCAACAAGUUCAGAUGCAGCGUCCAGACGAUGCAAGAGCACGAAAGAAUUGGAGGACAAUUAUAUAUUAAAGUGACGGCGUUUGAAAGGGAAGAUUUGGUCCAGAAAAUGAAGAGUGACAAGUUCGAGCCAACUAUAAGUUUAAAACUUGACCCCAGUACCUCAACUCUUAGGGCAAAUAUUGCUGAAUAUAAUUUAGACUAUGUGAAAAUACUGAUAAGGUUGAUGUCCAGGAAUGUUUUGGGGAAGAAGGAAUUAUUAGGCAAAAUAGAAAUUGACAAGAACAGCGACAUUUGGAAGGAAAUAGUUUCAAAACCAUUGGUGAAUAUUACCAAGACAAUAAACUUCGAAUAAAACAGAUGGAAUAAAUUCAUAUUUAUUGUAUUUAUUGAUUGUUAAUUAUGAUAUUUAUUGUACUUGCUUAAUCAGAUUGUUUUAGGCUGUGUUGUUGAAUAAUAACUUAUUAAGUGAAACGUUAUUAAUUCAAGUGUUUAGAUAAAGAAUUACGAUGACUUGUCUCUUUUUAGAAAAUUAACUGAUGUAUUUAAAUAAAUAUAUUUUCUAAUUCUG